AUGGCCGGCGAGAGCGACGACCGGGGCGCCGCGCGCGCGCCGCACGUCGCGCUGCUCUCGUCGCCGGGCAUGGGCCACGUGGUGCCGGUGGCGGAGCUGGCGCGGCGGCUGCACGCCGAGCACGGCUUCACCGCCACCGUCGUCACCUACGCCAGCUCCGACUCCGCGGCGCAGCGCGCGUUCCUGGCGUCCCUCCCGCCGGCCGUUGGCUCCGCCUCGCUCCCGGCCGUCCCGCUCGACGACCUCGUCGCCGCCGGCGCCGCCAUCGAGACGCUGCUCUCCGUCGAGGCCCAGCGCUCGGUGCCGGCUCUGGCCGCGCUCCUCGCGGGCCUCGGGAAGGACGGCAGCCUCGUCGCCUUCGUGGCGGACCUCUUCGGCGCCGACACGCUGCGGGCUGCGCGCGACGCCGGCGUGCCAGCGUACCUUUUCUUUCCCUCCAACCUGCUGAUGCUCUCCCUCAUGCUCCACCUCCCGCGCCUCGACGCCGAGCUGGACGGUGAGUUCCGUGACCAGCCGGAACCCGUCAGGCUACCUGGCUGCGUGGCCGUUCCCGGCGCCGACAUCCUGCAGCCGCUCCAGGACAGGACCAGCGACGCCUACUGCUGGAUGGUGCACCACGGCGAGAGGUACCGCGACGCGGACGGCAUACUUGUGAACACGUUCGACGCCAUCGAGCCCAACGCGUCGGCGAUCCUCCGGCAGCCCGAGCCGGGGCACCCGCCGGUGUACCCCGUUGGGCCGGUGAUACGGCAGCCUGACAACGGCGACGACGAUGCCACCGGUUGUAUUAGGUGGCUUGACACGCAGCCCGACAAGUCCGUGUUGUUCGUCUCGUUCGGCAGCGGAGGCGCGCUGUCUGCGGCGCAGAUGGACGAGCUGGCGCGCGGGCUGGAGCUCUCCGGACAACGGUUUUUGUGGGUCGUGAGGAGUCCCACUGACAGUGGGGCCGACCCCGGUGCCAACUACUACGACGGGUCGAAGAGCAAGGAUUAUCCACUCAAGUUCCUGCCAUCUGGGUUCCUGGAGAGGACCAAGGAGGUGGGCCUGGUGGUCCCAUCCUGGGCCCCACAAGUCAGGGUCCUCGGCCACCGGGCCACGGGAGCCAUGUUGACGCAUUGUGGAUGGAACUCGGUGCUAGAGAGCGUGAUGCAUGGUGUGCCGAUGAUCGCGUGGCCUCUAUACGCCGAGCAGAGGCAGAAUGCAGUGAUGUUACAUGAAGAAAUCAAGGUGGCGCUAAGACCAAAGGUUCGAGGAGCGGAUGGGAUGAUUCUUGGUGAAGACAUCACGAAGGUUGUGAAUGAUACGAUGAAUAGUGAAGAGGGGGAUGCAAUGCGUACAAAGGUGACAGAGCUCCAGAAGGCGACAAGGAGUGGACUGGCGGCAGGUGGCAUGUCGCACAAGACGCUUAACGAGAUGGUGACGAAGUGGAAGGAGCGUACAUUUGCAUGA